UACUGUAUUUGCAUACUAAAGUUAUGCAAAUCUUUUGGAAAUGUCUUGGUCCUGGAUGGAAUAGUACAGUGUUCAGAGCGGGAUGAAUUUGCCUACCAAGAAAUGAUUGCUCACUUACCACUCAACUGUCAUCCUCACCCAAAAAAGGUCCUGGUUGUCGGAGGUGGUGAUGGAGGCGUUGUUCGUGAAGUCCUGAAACAUAACAUCCAGAGUGUGGUUCUAUGUGAAAUUGAUGAGCAAGUUGUAGAGGUGAGUAAAAAGUACCUCCCUGAAAUGUCCAAGUGUUUUGGAGACCCAAGACUGCGUGUGUUAAUCGGUGAUGGCGUAGAGUUCAUGAAACAGAAUAAGGGAGAGUUUGAUGUGAUUAUUACAGAUGCUCCAGACCCGAUAGGUGUAGCCAAAGGUUUGUUUGAAACAGAUUACUACAAUAGUAUGAAGACAGCAAUGGCUCCUGGGGGUAUUGUAUGCUCACAAGGUGAGAGUUUCUAUUUUGACUUGGAAUUUAUUCGAAACUUUUUAACAAUGGCACGCACAUCUUUUCCCAGUGUAGGGUUUGCCUACACGCUUAUGCCAAGCUACACAGGUGGCCAUAUUGGAUUUGUUAUGUGCAGCACGAACCCGGAUGUGGUGUUUGAGGAGCCAGUUAAAUGUUACACAGAUGAAGAGAUUUGUCGGAUGGAUCUCCGCUAUUACAACACAGCUAUACAUCGUGCAGCCUUUGUCUUACCACAGUUUGUUAAAAAGGCACUGGAGUCAGCACCAGACACAGCUAAUGGCCAGACAGACACAUGAAGCGAAGAUUGAGGAAUAACUAUCAUUACCUAUCAUUUUUACUCAUUACUAUUCGGAAUUCUAUGAUAUUCUGAUAUUUUUUGACAUAUCUUACCUAUAUUAAGUCUAAUUGUUAUGUUACCCUUUUUUUUCAAAGUUCCAUUUGAUUUUUUAAAUUUUACAUGAAUAUUGAAAUUGUUUCAUUUUCUUAAAAUUUUUUUAGAGUGGUUUAUAUUUUUAAUUUGAUACCUGAGAUUUCCACCAAUCAUUCCAAAUAAGCCCAUUUCAAAUGAACUAAUUUUAUUGGAAGAAGGUACCCCCCAAAACUAACAAAUCUAGCAUAAUUGUAAUGAUGGAAACUAAAGUAGAUAGAUCAAGUAAUCCCAGUCAUAAAAGUAAUGUUUUCUUGGAUUUACUAUCGUUACAUUUUUUGGACAAAGUGGCAGGAGGACCUAGGCGAUCCCCUUUUGUCCGACAUUGUGCGUCGUAAACUUUUUAACAUCUUCUCAAAUUCCUGGCAUGGUAUAAUCAAGUACUCUUCAUGGAUUUAAAGGCCUUCUGAUGCUUUACCAAAUUUGUAAAUAUCAUGACCCCAGGGUCUAACAUUCGCCCCUGGGGAGGGAGUAAAGUUUACUAUAGUUUAUGUAGGAAAAUCACAUUUUUGAACAUCUUUUGUUUAUUUUCUUUUGGAAAUGGUUCAAACUUGGUUAGAAAUUAUUUUUUAUUAGUAUAAGCUGAGUGCUUUAUGAGAUGCACAUAUUGACCUUGACUGACCACCAGGAGCUGAGCAGGGCCAAAAGUAGGUCAAAUUGACUGAAAUUUCAUAGAUGUUCUACUGUCCCUGGAUGGAAGAUUUUAUAUAGGAAAACUCAAAUCUUGAGUGAAAUUUCUGUUAAUUCAAACUUGGUUAGAACCCUCAGCAUGGGACAGCAGUUAAUGUAUACACAAUUCACGUUUUUAUUAUGUGUACAAUAUAUAGUUAAAGUUAUAUAUCACUUUUUUUAACAAGAUAAUUUCUAUGACAUGUUACAAGAAGCACUGUGACUCAGGUGACCAUUAAGGCCCUUUAGGCCUCUUGUUUUAGUUGAAAAUGCAUAUUUUAAUUGGUGCUUAUUUCUAUUAACUUCUUUUGUUUUACAAAGUUAAGUGCUAUCAGAACCUAACUUGAAAAAUUAUAGUUAUUUCAAUGUGCAUGGACAUUAUGUCAUCUACUAUGUGCAUCUGUUUCUAAUUUUACUUGUAUAAAAAUACCUUUGAGUAAAUGUACAAUCACUGUGUGGUAAAAUUUAAAAUGUUAUACUAUUUGGUUUUAUUUGUUUAGAAGGAAUCAAAGCUUGUCUGCUUUGGUUGUUAUGAUUUCUAUAUUAAUCACGCAAUUUCCUUUUCCACAGAAUACAGAUUUCGUUAAAUGUUUGAGAUAGAUAUGUUUAUAGAUUAGUGAGCUGCACUACAUUUCCUGUUAGCGACCUUUAAUGUGUUCACAAUAAAAUUAUUUGUCCUGUUCAGUUUUACAAAUAUACAGGAUUAAGUAUUCUGUCAUAAAAAAGGAGAAAUAUUUUAAAUCCUACUCCUCUUGUAGGAAUGAAUGGAUUUUUUUGAGUCUGAAGCAUGGUUGGGUGAAAGGGAAUCAAUUUUGUAUAAAUGGUAGAUCUGUGCCCUCUGGGGCAGGAGGGGCCCAAUCGGGGAAAUAAAGAAAAUUCUUCAAAAUCCUACUCCUCCUUUAGGAAUGAAGGGUUAUUUCCCAAAUCACCUAAAUUUUUUCAGAAGUAUUCUUUGGUGAAGGGGCUAAGUUUUGAGGAGGGAUUGGCCCAGUUGUUGAAAUGUAAGUUGUUCAAAAUCUUUAAUCCAUACUAGGAUAUGGUCCAAAACAAUUUUUGAUAAUAGUGAAUCUGACCUCUGCUUGACCACAAGGGCAUGUCCCAACAGGGAAAUUAUAUCAGAAAUUUUUGUCAUAUUUCAAAUUAUCUUUUUAAAUGACUGAAUAGCUAAAUUAGCCAGAUAAGCAAUGCAGGCCUCUUGAGUCUCUUGUUUGCUGUAUUUAUUAAGAGGGAUGGUGUUUCAUGGUUUUUAUCAGAGGAAUCAUUCCUAUUAUACUAAGGUUUGGCAGCUUGAUCGAAAGUUCUGUAUACAAAUCAGGAAUAGAUUCUGUUAUAUCGGACACAUUCAUUUUGGUAUGUGUAUCAGGUGAGGAUAUUAACUGCAUGUUGAAAAGGAGGUUCCACAACUAACUUAGAAAUAAGGUAGAUGGUUCAACUGUAUAUGAAGUGAUUUUCCUUUUUCAUUCCCAAUAUUUUUAAACAAUGAUAAAUUUGGUCUCUUUGGUAUAUGUAACAUUAUAAAUGUAAGAUGGAUAAUUGUAUUAUAGUUUGUCACGAAUGAUUUCUACUGCCACUUUUCAUCUGUUAUAUAUAUAUAAUUACCAAGUGAACACAUUGCAUCAUGUACAGUAAUGUAAUGAAGAUUUCAGAUUUGAGAUACCUGUUGUAACUGUAUCCAGGUAUGAUGUAUGUGUUCCUUGUAGAGUUGAUAUCUAUGAAUAUAUGUAAAAUAUUGUGACCCAGGUGUGCAUGUCAUGUAAAGACAAUCGGCCACUAUGACAAUGUUGGUAAUUUCUAGCUGUCUGUCACUUCAACUUCCAAACAUCCUUUUUUGGGGAUGUCGUGGUGAUAUAACAGUGAGGCCGUUGUAAAAUUUCUUGUCUAAGCGAUUUGGUGGCGUAAAUGUUGAGCUUGAGGCAAGCAUCAGGCACAAGUCAAAAAUUAUCUUCCUUCAUCAACUUCAUUACAGUGUUCAGAUAUUCAUAGAUUAACAGAAUGUAUCACUUACAGUAAUGUAUGUUGAUCUGAAUGUUUCAGAUUUGAAUUUCUUGUCGUUAUUGUACCCAUGUACGAUGUAGUUACAAAGUGAUAUAAGUUGUAUAACUAUGUACUGUAUCUAUAUAGACAUGUGUAAAAGUAGUUAAUGCUUGUUCCUAUAGAACUUUACAUAUCUUAUAUAUAUAAUGUAAAUGAAUGUACCAUGUGUGGAAAACGACCAAAAAACAAUCUAACUUCACAUUGAUCUCCUCUUAGAAGGAAGUGAGAUCAUCUUAUUAAGAAUUAGACAAAGCACAGUUUAUUGGGGAACAAGUUCUGUUAGUAAUUCUCUUACAUGUACUUGAAAUUGGUAAAUAUCUUCCAGAAAAUUACUUUUUGAAAAUUAAGUUAGUGAUAAGACCUCUGAUGAAGAAGAUUUUACAGUGUGUAUUAAAUAUAUGUUAGUGACA